AUGUCGGCGAGUACGAUAGCUCGCUGGAACGCAAUACCUCUGACACGGCCUGAUCCCGAGCCGUCAUCCAGCAACAACUUGAAGCGACCACGUCAAGAAGAUGACAGCCAGCCUAAGUAUGGUGAUGACGACGACGAUAUCUCCAUCAUAUCACGGACACCUUCUCCACCUCCCCCAGACGCUAUGGAUGUGGACAAGUACGACGAAUACGUACGGCGUCCUGUUAGGGAGGUCGUCACUGUCGACACCAAGAUUAGGCCGGACAAUAGAGGAUUUGCAAUGUUGAUGAAGAUGGGUUGGAGUGAAGGACAGCCAUUGGGGCUGUCAGAGGGCGCUCGUGUCGACCCUAUACCUUUCCAGUUAAAGAACGACUCAACUGGGAUCGGUAAAGUCACUCGGGAUGUUGAGAUGAUCGAAACCACUGUCUCCCAGCGACGAGAGCUCGACUCCGAGCGGCAACAGAAGGAAACGGAGGAUCAACGGCGGAUUCGAGAGGCGAGUCGAGGCGGAUCCUCUCAUCUCAUGGUGGAAGCAGCAGCCCGCAAAGCAGCUGUCGAAUCCGAGAUCUCACAGACUCUCAAGCCCUUCUAUUGCAGCCUCUGCGACAAGCAAUUCAAGAACGUCUCGCAAUACGACGAGCACACCAACUCCUACGCUCACCACCACAAGGCCCGCCUCAGAGACAUGCAAGCCAAUGCUCGUCCGGUUUCUCAGGAAGAGAUUGACAAGCGGAAGGAAAAGGAACGCAAACGAGAAGAGAAAGAGCUCCGCAAGAUGGCAAAGGCAGCUGGAAUCAAGAUGCCUAAAUCAUCCGCGGCGCAACCUACGGCCUCUUCAUCGAGUCUUGCCCCUGUGACCGUACCUAAUCUCGCACCAUCCAGUGCUUUGGGAACUCCCAUUCAGAAAGGGGGAUGGGGUACAGUCUCCGGUGGUACAGUGGCGCAAGGUGGAUUCAAGAAGACCGGUUGGGCGGCUGUUGGCUCGGCCUCGAGUGAUCCUGCACCUCAGCGGCCUAGUUCCUCUGGAUGGGCACCUGCUUCGGUGGCACCGUCGACACAAGGAACGUCUGGCUUCAAAACGUCUGGCUGGACAUCUGUAGGCCCAGGACCCGCUGCACCGUCCAACCCUUCUCCCCCACCAAUUGUGAGUACAGCCCCUCCGAACGAGAGGGCGGCAUCUUCGAACGAACCCUCGGGGUCUUCUACUGCUCAGCCUGUCCGGACAGGUUGGCAGCAGUUCAACAGCUCCUUGAAGGGUCGGGGUCGGCGAUAG